AUGAACGAAAAAUGGUUUCUUAACCUGUUCAACUUCUUCUUCGUUUCACCGAUCUAUUUGGAGCAAGAUGGUGAAACGAAUCGUUACGUCUGCCGUCCAAGGCAUGCUUGCAGCAAUGCUCUCGUUCUUGUGCUUAUUUUCUCGAUCUAUUUCGCUGCCAUAGUUUUCAAAUCGUCACAAGAUUAUUACUUCAUGAGCUCAACCGUGGUCGGGUUAGCAACACUCAUUCUCUACACUUCAUGUGUCUUAGUCAUGGGUCCGCUCAUACUCUGGACAAUUGUGAACAACCAAACCCUGGUCGAUCUGUUUAACCAUGUGCUCUUAAUGGAGAAAGCCAUUCAGCAACUUCGUCACGAUGGGUUCAGCACACUAAAACUCGGUGGAUUACGUGCGCUACAGUUGGAGGUCGCAUUAAUAUUUACAUUACUGGGAAUUACCUGGGCGGUGGAUGUCUUUUUAGUUUGGAAUUUCGAUGAGCUACGUGAAUUAGUGUUGCAAAUAGUGUCCUUUGGAGUCGCAUUCCUUGAAUUCCUCAAUUCAUUGCAUCGUGCGUACACGGAGGUACUAGUUGUGUUCAUUUGUGGGCAGUUAGAAGCAUUGCACCAGUGCAUUGAUAACGCGGAAAAUCAGGAUACCGUUCGGAGCGCAAUGCAGCAUCUAGCUGAAUUAGAGCAAUUUAAGAUGCGAAUUGCGUCCACGAUGGGUCUGCCGCAUGUCUUUUACCUUUUCGACAUACUGGUCAAGUGUUCUGUCAGAGCGUACCUUAUCUUUCGUCUGGUUGAAAUGGGCAUCUCUGACUUGCCAAUCCCAAUAACGGUUACCAUGUUGUCCUUAAAUUGCUUAUCGUUCUAUCUCUACACCGACCGGUACAACAUGCUGCAAGAUAAGGUAGGUAGCAGUUGUUUAGUAACGAUGAGUACAUAG